CGGCACAGCGCGACCAGACCGCGCUCCGCUGCCGGCCAGGCGCUGCCGGACACCCACACUCGCUCGCUCGCUCGCUCCCUCCACGGCCAUGGCGCUGUGCGGCGGCCGCGGGCUGCCCGGGCUGGCGGGCACCUCCCCGGGGCUGUCCCCGCUGCCGCUGGACGCGGGACACCCGGCGGAGCCGGGCAGGCUCUGGAACACCCCGAAGCGGUGGGGCGAGGGGCUGCCCCUGCCGUGGCUCUCGCCCACCCUGUCCCCGGAGCCGGUGGCCUCGCCCCGUCCCCGGGACUCCGUCUGCUCCCGGCCCUCGGAUGCCGGACUGGGACUGGACUCCCCCACACAGCACGACCUCGCGGCGGCGGAGGAAGCCUUCGAGAAAAUGAUCCUGAGUUGCAGCAGACUCCUCCAAGGCCCAAAGCUCCACCUGCGGAGGAUCCGCUCCUUGCCGCCGUGUGCUGUGGAGUCCAGCCCGAUCCUGAAGGACAUCUCCCGCUCCGGGGAGUUCAACGUCCGCAGGGGCCGAGUGCGGAAGGCCUGCAGGGAGCCCGAGGAUGAGGAGGGCUUUGUCCCCAAGAAGCGGCCGAGGCUGGACCAGCAGAGCCAGCUGGCCGCCGGCCAUGGGGCUGCCAGGAGGGACCCCCUGGCCACAAGACCCUGCUCCACAUCCAACCUGCUGAGUGAUGCCACCGUGCCCCGGGGCACUGCUGAGAACGUGCUGACCUCGAGGAUGCUGAGGAAGGAGGAGGCAGAGCUGCGUCCGGGCAAGCGCAGCAAGUGCCGGCAGCUCUUCUGCUCGCACUCGGGGACCAGCAGGCCCAUCAGGCCCAACCUGAAGCGGGCACACCCCCGCGAUGAGGACACCCCUGUCAAGGCCAAGAAGCAGAGGAUGGGGGCCGGCAGCCCCUGCCAGGAGGCGUCGUUGGAGCCGGAAGAGGGGCUGCAGCAUUGCAGGUCUGCCCAGCGUGAGGAGAUCAAGAGCCCGCUGGACAACGAUGACCAGGACCUCAUCGGGGACUUCUCCAAGGCUCACCUCCUGCCGAUGGUGGAGGGGAAGGACCCCGGCCUGAAGUACAUCUCCCCUGACACGUUGGUGGCAGUGCUGACGGGGCAGUGGAGCAGCUUCCUCCAGAGCAGCAUCGUCGUGGACUGUCGCUACCCCUAUGAGUACGAGGGGGGCCACAUCAAGGGUGCUGUCAACCUGCCCCUGCAGCGGGAUGUGGAGCGAUUCCUGCUGGAGCAGCCCAUCCUGCCCCUGGAGCCCAGCAAGAGGGUGAUCAUCAUCUUCCACUGCGAGUUCUCGGCUCACCGCGGGCCCAAAAUGUGCCGCUUCCUCAGGGAGAAGGAUCGCUCCUGUCACGAGUACCCCCAGCUCCACUACCCCGAGCUCUAUGUCCUGAAGGGCGGCUACCGGGAUUUCUUCCUGCAGUACCCGGCACUCUGCGAACCGCAGGACUAUCGGCCCAUGGAGCACCGCGCCUUCCAGGAGGACCUGCGCCAGUUCCGCUGCCAGAGCCGGCCCCGGGCGGCAGAGCGCAGCCGGCCGGACUUCUGCAGCCGCCGCCUGCCCCGCUGAGCGCUCGGGGGCCCGCAGCCCCUCCGUGGGCAAUGGGCGACCUGCCGACUGCGAGGGCUUCCCUUGGCCGGGCAAUGUGCCUUGGCUUGGCCUGCUUGGUUAGGACUCGUUGAAUGUCUUGAUUAUUGUUAGGAGUGCUUUAAUGUAGUAGUAAUUGUUAGGAGUGGUUUCAUGUCUUGGUUAUUGUUAGGACUGGUUUAAUGUAGUGGUUAUUGAUAGGAUUAGUUUAAUGUCUUAAUUAUUUGUUAGGAUUGGGGUUUUGUGCCUUCUUUAUCGUUAGAAUUGGUUUAUUGUUUUGCUUAUUUUGUUUGUGUCUUUUUUUAUUUUUAAGAUUGUUUCUUCAUUUCUGUUACGGAAUUCAUAAGUUUUAAGGAAGGAAGGAAAAAAAUGUUGGAUACUCAAUUAGCUACAUAGAAUAUUCCUGAACUAGUUUGGUUUGUGUAAAAUCAGUGCACAAAGUCCUUCAUAGCAUCAAAUGACUUCCUUAACUGUAAAUGAGGCAACCACUUUAAUCACAAUCCUGUAAAGGUAUUCCACGGUUCUUCAUUUCCUUUAUAGACAAAAAGUCACCCCCGAGGAAAUGUGUAAUACUGACAAGCAGCAGAACUGGCUUCCAAUCUGUUUGCUUUUUUCUUGCUGUAAAAUUUGCCAGCACAAAAUUCUUUAUACUACGAUUUGAGCCAAAACAUAAGAGAAAAUGUCACUGGCAGAAUGGAUAAACAUCAUAAUACCUGAGAUUUAUUUGUAUUUUGUUCCUCUUUGACAAGGCUUUUGCUAUUGCUUCUAGCAGGACAGCUACAGCAAGCUAUAGUAACUUUGCUCUUACUGCAUAUACAACAGAUACAGAGUGUAUGACAAGUUUCUUUUUCAAAAUUAUUGCUUGAAUUUUUAGCUGAAGAAAAAGCAUUUCUUCCCCUCAACAGCAGAGGAAUGAAUAUUUUAUGGUCAGAUCUUGCUGGGUCAGCUAGAUCUCACUCCUUUAGCAAUAUGGUUCCAGGCUGCAAUAUUAAUAUUAUGGCGGGUUUUUUUUAGGGGAGCAUUUAUUAAUGCAGCUUCCCUGAAAAACAAACAAACAAAUGAUCAAAUUAUCCCUCUAGCAACUAGGUUACUUUAUAUUAAUAACAACAACAACAAAGCUUUAGAUAAAACUCAACUACUUUUAGAUUUAAUUUCACAGACAGGAACUACAAAAUGAUCAGGCAUCAUAUGCACAGGGGAUAAUACAAAAGCCAUAUUUCUUGAUUUAUAUACCAUGGUAUAUAAAUCCAUGAAGAAACAAAUGAUUCUGCUUUCUGGAUUAGAGCCUUGAAUGGUUUAAAUAAUGGAGAGUGUAGCCAUUGCUCUUUCUUGUGCCAGCCAGCUGGACUAAGCCCAGAGAAAGUCCUCCUUCACAAAGAGCAGCAUACACACCCUUCCAGCCUGGAAAGUGCUUUCCCUGCAGAGCCAAGCAGUGGAUUGUUAGACUUUUGAUGCUCCAAUAAUGCUGUCAAAGACUUCAGGCUGAUGUCGAUGAAAUGAUUUACAGUAGCCUUAACAUUUAUGGAAAGAAACUAAUUGUAAUUAUAAACACAUAAGAAAAUAAUUUUAUUUUUUUCUGUAUGUUUUUUUGGUUGUUAUUACAUUUAUGACUUUAAAAAAAUAAGACAGACAGCACUGCCCUGGGGUUGCUUCAUAGCUAGAGGCUGGCAUGUUUCACAGGAGAGGUAAAUCCACCUCUGAGCCUUCUCCUCUUUCUCCCACCUUGCACGGCCUUGCACCUCAUCUAUCAGCUUUCUGAUUAUACCAUGGAAUGGAACUAGGGCUCAGGUUUGGAAUGUAUUUCCAGGAUUCAGCCUGUACAUUUUGAGUACUUUCAGAUGCAAGCCUCCAUUUUUAACUGCUGAGCAGCCUCCUAAAAUGGAUGUUUAUAAUAAAAUUGAACAUUUUCAGCCGGUAUAACUUAAUUGCAUUAAAUUACAAUGCAUUAGUAUGAUAUACAGGCACAUUUUAGAGGUGGUAAUGGUUGUUUUCCAAUAAUGUGUCCUAAUCAUCAGCAAAGCCGUGCUCACACUGAUCUCUAACCCUUUUGGAAGCAGCUGAUGGUCAUGUACAAGGCCAGGUGCACUUACAAGAAAACGUGCUCUUUGUUCACAAUCUGAAAGCACUGCUUAAACAUUAAGUGUUUUUAUACAAUAUCUGAUGAUCUGUUAAAAUAUGGAUUAAAAAAAAGAUAAUGUUAAACAGAAUUAACUUUCAGUAAAGUCAGUGUUACCACACCAGUUUGGCUGUCAAACAGUACACUUCUGCUCUUGUAAUUAUGAAGGAGUAGUUAUUUAGUUAUUAAUUUUUAGUGUGGGUCUACAUUCUUUGGGUCUACAGCAAAAUAACAACACAACAAGCCUGACUCUUUCUCCAGGAGUCUUUACAGCCUACACUAAAAGCUUCAUUAAGCUUUUGUCCUCCCAGAGUGUCCAGCUACAUAUUCUGCUGCAGUAAAAUAGCGAUAAUAUCACUAAAUACUUUGUAUUACAGAAAAAUGUGUAACAUCACAAGAAAUGGGUAAUAAAACUUAAUUCAGCAUUAUGGAACUUAAAA